AUGACACAAGUGAGAGAGAAAGAGGGGAAGAUAGUAAAGGACCAAGGAAAGGGAAAAGUGAGAGACACUGUCACUGACGCUACUUUUGGCCUCCUGCUUGGUGUGUUUGUGGUCUGUGGCCUGGCAUUGCUGGGACUUCUUACAUUCGUCUCCUGGAAGCUGUGCUGGGUGCCUUGGCGGACUAAGGCCCACUUUCCCAGUCCAUCCCUCAACCUGGCCUGCGGCCCACAGCACUGCCCGCUCCAGCCGCCGCUCCUGUUGCCCAGUCCCCAGCAGUCACCGGUCACCAUGGCAACAGAGAAGGUGAAGGACCCCAUGGGCUCGAUUGGUUUCCUGGAGGCUGCGGUGAAGAUAAGCCAUACCUCUCCUGACAUCCCCACUGAUGUGCAGCUCUCCAUGAGGGAGCACUUCCUGCGCCGCACGCAACGCAUGCAAAGGCAAACCACUGAGCCGGCUUCCUCCACUCGGCAUAAUUCAUUCAAAAGACACCUGCCCAGGCAGAUGCAGGUGGGCAGUCUAGAUCUGGGAAAUGACUAUGUGGUGGACAAGGAUGAAAAGCCCACUAGCAUUGGCCGCAUCCAACCAGAGCUCUACCAACAGAAGGCUUCAGAAUCAGAGGACUCGUCCAAGAACAGCAGCAAAAACUGUGGCAAGAUUAACUUCUCCCUCAAGUACGACUAUGAAAAUGAGUCUCUCCUUGUCAACAUCCUCAAGGCAGUAGACCUACCAGCCAAAGACUUAUGCGGCACAUCUGACCCUUACGUGAAGAUCUACCUGCUGCCCGACCGCAAGAAGUUCCAGACUCGUGUCCAUCGGAAGACGCUCAACCCCACAUUCAGUGAGAGCUUCCAGUUUCCUGUGCCUUAUGAUGAGUUGGCUGCCAGGAAGCUCCAUAUGAGUGUUUUUGAUUUUGACCGAUUUUCACGGCAUGAUAUGAUUGGUGAGGUUGUUUUGGAGAACUUGUUUGAGACAUCAGACCUCUCCAGGGAGACAAACAUAUGGAUGGACAUCCAGUACGCAACCAGUGAAAGUGUUGACCUUGGAGAGAUCAUGUUCUCACUAUGCUACCUGCCCACUGCAGGCAGACUUACACUUACUGUCAUCAAGUGCAGGAACCUAAAGGCCAUGGACAUCACUGGAUACUCAGAUCCCUACGUGAAAGUGUCGCUCAUCUGUGAUGGGAGACGUUUGAAAAAGAAGAAGACGAGCAUUAAAAAGAACACCCUGAAUCCCAGCUACAAUGAGGCCAUCAUCUUUGACAUCCCACCAGACAGUAUGGACCACGUCAGCCUGCACAUCUCUGUCAUGGACUAUGAUUUGGUAGGUCAUAAUGAGAUCAUUGGUGUGAUGAGGGUUGGAUGCAGUGCUGAGGGACUUGGCAGGGACCACUGGAACGAAAUGCUGGCCUAUCCGCGGAAGCCCAUUGCACAUUGGCACCCCCUGCUGGAGCCCAAGAAAUCUGAGAAGGAGUGGAAGGCGAGGACAGCCAGUUUUGACAGCCAGGGUUCCUGCCCCUCACCCAGGCCUCCUGCCAGUCCCUGAGCAGAGCCACCUGUGACCCAGCAGCUCAGAAGAGGGUUUCCUUCCUCCUGAUAAACCACUUCCUGUCUGUCUGAUUGAGGAGAAACGCACCCCCAUCCUCUCUCCCUUUCUCUCUCUAUUUCUCCCUUCCUCAAGUCUAGUCUCUGAGCACUCCCAAGAACUGAUCUAGGACUACUCUCAGUCAAGUUGUGUAAAGCCCACUCUAUUUUGGGGUUAAAAUUUAGGGUCCUUAAUUUGAAAUGUGGGUGUUGUGAUGGCCCAGAGUCAUUUGCUGGACGUGCAGUCUGCAGACAUUUGAUACUGAACCGUCUGAGCUGAGGCGAGCUGAUUCCAGUGUCCUCUCAGGAGACUUUCCAAACACUGAAGAUUCAACACUGCACUGCAGAGACGCUGUCUCAGUUGGAUAUCACUCUCUGAAAGCAGCGGAAGUUUCACAGAGGGAAGCUGAGGAUACGGCUUCAGUAGAAAAGGAGAAGAUCAUAAGGGAUCUGAAGCUAUUUCAAAACUCUACAGCUGUAUAAGAAUAAACGAUACUGAGUGUAGCAUUUUGAAAAUAUUAGACAUAGAACCACUCUACUAUUCGUUA